UACUUGCGCAUGCGUAGAAUGUACUAUGAUAACGGAAGAUGGCAGCCAUGAAUGCAAGGAGAUGUCUGAAAGGCCUGCUGCUGCAAGUCAGUCGCAAGAAGAUAUUUGAUGCAAAGCUUCCCACAAGAUUCUUCUCAAUCACACCAAAUGCAGCAAGAAAGGUAACAGUUAGAGAUGCCUUGAACAUGGCCUUGGAUGAAGAGCUGUCAAGAGAUGAGAAUGUUUUUCUUAUAGGAGAAGAGGUUGCUCUUUAUGAUGGGGCAUAUAAGGUCAGCAAAGGUCUUUUCAACAAGUAUGGAGAAAAGCGAAUCAUUGAUACACCUAUCAGUGAGAUGGGCUUUGCAGGCAUUGCAACUGGGGCUGCAAUGGCGGGUUUAAGGCCAAUUUGCGAAUUCAUGACAUUCAAUUUUGCCAUGCAAGCGAUCGAUCAGAUCAUUAACUCUGCUGGUAAAAGUCAUUAUAUGUCAGCAGGAGAGGUUAAAGUUCCAAUAGUGUUCAGAGGACCAAACGGUGCCGCAGCUGGUGUUGCUGCGCAGCACUCCCAGUGCUACGCCGCAUGGUAUGGCCACAUUCCCGGAUUAAAGGUCGUGUCCCCGUACAGCGCUGAAGAUGCCAAAGGACUGCUCAAAUCAGCAAUUAGAGAUGACGAUCCGGUUAUUGUGUUGGAAAACGAAUUAAUGUAUGGUGUGGCAUUCGACAUGUCGGAAGAAGCACUUAGCUCAGAAUUUCUUGUUCCCAUCGGAAAAGCGAAAGUGGAACGGCAGGGUCGUCACGUGACUAUUGUCGCCCACUCAAAAGCCGUGCAAACGGCGCUCGAUGCUGCGUCAGAAUUAGAAAAAGAAGACAUAGAAUGCGAGGUAGUAAAUCUUCGGACAAUCCGGCCAUUGGACGUCGAUACAAUUAUAAACUCAGUUAAAAAGACGAAUCGCUUAAUUACGGUUGAAGGGGGAUACCCUCAGUUCGGUGUUGGGGCAGAAAUUUGUGCGCAAGUCAUGGAAACUGAAGCUUUCGACUACCUCGAUGCGCCUGUGUUGCGAGUAACUGGUGCCGAUGUGCCAAUGCCGUAUGCAGCAGUGCUGGAACAGAACUCUUUGCCUCAAGUACACAAUAUCGUAAGAACUGUGAAGAAAUGUCUCAAUAUUGAGUAAUAUUUUCAUUGAAUCGUGUAAGUUAUUCCUAAUUCCUUUUUUAAUUGUAAGAUUGCGAAUCCUCUUUCCUCUGAAUUAAAUCAGUGCCAAAAAAUUGAUGUCGGAAACUUUUCGUAUUGAUUGCUUAUUUUUUCUGUUUUAAAAUUGAUGUUUUGGCUUUUAUUCAUCUGUGUCUAUUGUGUUCCAUCAAUUCUUACGAAGAAAUAUGUUGCUCUGCUUUUUUAUCUAGAACAUCGUGAAUAUUUUCUAUCAAUAUUGUACGAAAUGAUUAUCUUUUUAAAGCAGUUAAGUUAUAUUUUCCAACGUUGAUCUUAUGUCAGAAUAUUUAUGGAAAUGAACAUCUCUAACCGAGGUUAA